AUGAUAGUUAAUAAAAUAAAAUUUAACAUUUCUUUCCACACUAAAAUUGUAAAAGAAGAAGAGGUUGAAGAAAAUAAAGGAUUGAAAAGCUUUUCUUUAGAUUUUCUAGCAGAUGCUUUAGGAACAGCAUUUAAAAAUAUAGAUGAAGCUCCAGUAAAACUUUAAGGUUUCAAAAUUGAAGAAUAAUUUGGGACAACAUCAAAUAUAAUUCAUAAAAUAAAGGAACAUUAUCAAAAGAGAAUUAUUUCUACAUUAUUUAUGUUGCUAGGUUCUGUAGAAAUAAUAGGAAACCCAAUAAAUUUAUUUAGAAAAAUUAAAAUAGGAAUCGAAGAUUUUUACAUGAAACCCCUUGAAGGUCUAUAAAAUGAAGGUCUUUUAGGUUUAGGAGUAGGAAUGAUGGAAGGAACAGGUUCUUUAAUGAAGAAUACAAUUGCAGGUGCAUGUUAUUCAGUAAAUAAAUUUAGUGGAAGUUUAGCAUCAUGUUUAACUAUAAUAUCUAGCGAUUAUGAUUAUAUUUAAUAAAGAAAAAAAUUCAUGCUUAAUAAACCAUAAAAAUUAUCAUAAGGACUAAAAUAAGCUGGAUAAUCAAUUUAUUAAAGUUUAGAUAGUGGAUUAACAGGUAUUGUAGUUCAUCCUUAUUAAGGAGGCUAAAAAAACGGCCUUACUGGAUUUAUAAAAGGAGCUUUCAAAGGAGUUUCUGGAAUUCUUACUAAACCAUUGUCAGGAGCAUUAGAUGCUACAGCAAAAGCUGCAGAAGGUUUAACUAGUAUUUUUGCUGUUUAUGAUGACAGGUCAAGGGAUACUAGGAUGAGAAUGCCUAGAAUAAUGUAUGAAAAUGAAAAAGAUAUAAAACACAAAUAUAUUAAAUUUAAAAGAAAGUAAAUAGAGAAUUUUAAAAUUGUAGAAAGGUUAAAAUAUUUGUAAGAUUUAAUUGAAUGA